ACACUAUUAUCAAAAGAGGCUCUAGCGUCUCCAUCAACUUAGAUCCCCAAAAUAGAUGCACCUCUUUGACGAAUCCUACCCGUUCACCAAAACCACCAAAUGAACCCUUCCCUUCGCCGGAGCAGGCCAUUCUCCGGUAUCAUUUUCCGGCGAACUAUAUCCACAACACCUAACAACCAAGAAAAAGAACAAAACUUCAUUUCAACUCUAAACGAAAUCGUUCGGAGCAAACGGAGCUGGAAAAUAGCAUUAAACAGCUCCAUUUCCACAAAACUAAAACCCCAUCACGUUGAGCAAAUUCUCCUUUUUACCCUUGAUGAUUCAAGGUUGGCUUUACGCUUCUUCAAUUUUCUUGGUCUACACAAGAACUUUCACCAUUCAAAUGCAUCUUUUUGUAUUUUAGUACAUUCCUUAGUUCAGUCCAGUCUUUAUUGGCCCGCCACUUCACUUUUACAGACCCUUUUGCAAAGAAAACAAAACCCAAGUUUUGUUUUUGAUAAUUUAUUAGAUACUUAUAAAAGAUUCAAUUUUUAUCACUCUUUGGGGUUUGAUUUGUUGACCCAAUGUUAUGUUCAGGAUAAGAGAGUAAUUGAUUCUGUUUUAAUUGUUAGGCUUAUGAUGGAGAAUUCAUUAGUUCCAGAAUUAAGGACUUUAAGCACUGUGUUAAAUGGGUUGAUUAGAAUUAGACGGUUCGAUUUGGUUUUGCAGUUGUUUGAUAAAGCAGUGACUUUAGGUAUUGAGCUUGAUGAGUAUGUUUAUACAGCUGUGCUUAAGAGUUUAUGUGAGUUGAAAGAUUUUGAAAAGGCUAAGGGAAUGAUGAAUUGGGUUGAGGGAAAUGGGAGUAAAUUGAGUAUUAUCUUGUACAAUAUAUUGAUUCAUGGGCUUUGUAAGGGUGGAAGAGUUUGGGAGGCCGUUGAAAUUAAGAAUUCGUUGGGUUGUAAAGGGUUGAAUGCUGAUGUCGUCACGUAUUGCUCUUUGAUUUUGGGGCUGUGUAAAGUGAAUGAAUUUCAGCUUGGUCGAAGCUUAGUGGAUGAGAUGUUGGGGUUUGGUUUGGUUCCACGUGAGGCUGUAGUGUCAAGUGUUGUUGACGGAUUGAGGAGAGGGGGUGACUGUGUCGCUGCAUAUAGAUUGGUUGAUAUGGUAGAAAAAGUCGGAGUUGUGCCGAAUUUAUUUGUUUAUAAUGCAUUGCUUAAUUCGUUGUGUAAAGAUGGGAAGUUGGAUGAAGCAGAGUCGCUUUUUGGUAGAAUGGAGGAUAAAGUGCUGUGCCCGAAUAGUGUAACUUAUUCCAUCAUGAGUGACUCUUUCUGCAAACGAGGGAAAUUGGAUGCUGCACUUAGUCUCUAUAAUAGAAUGCUUGGUAAUGAGGUAGAACUAACCGUAUACCCGUACAAUUCCCUCAUUAAUGGCCAUUGCAAGGCUGGAAAGUGUAGUGCUGCAGAAUCUAUCUUAAAUGAGAUGAUUGAUAAAGGAUUGACCCCAACUGUUGUAACCUAUACAUCAUUGAUAGAUGGAUACUGCAAGGAAAAAGAAGUGCACAAGGCCUUUAGGCUUUACCACGAGAUGACAGGCAAAGAAAUCUCACCUAAUACUUUCACUUUCACUGCACUUAUCUCUGGUUUUUGUCGUGCAAGCAUGAUGACAGAAGCAAGUAAGUUGUUUGAUGAGAUGUUGAAAAUGAAUACAACUCCUAAUGAGAUCACUUAUAAUGUAUUAAUUGAAGGGCAUUGUAAAGAUGGGAACAUUGUAAGGGGUUUUGAAUUAUUUGAUGAAAUGGUGGAGAAGGGUCUUGUUCCUGACACAUACACCUACAGAUCUUUGAUAACUGGACUUUGUGCAAAAGGUCGAGUAUCUGAAGCAAAAGAAUUUGUUGAUGACCUUCAAAAACAAAGUCAUUAUCUGAAUGAGAUGUGUUUCUCUGCUCUUUUGCAUGGUUAUUGCAAGGAAGGAAGACUAAAGGAUGCAUUAACCACUACAGAUGAGAUGGCGGAAAAGGGAAUAAACAUGGACCUUGUGUGCUACGGUGUACUUAUUUGUGGAACUCUAAAGCAUUAUGACAUGAGAUAUUUAUUAAAGAUUUUGAAGGAGAUGCACGACCGAGGAAUGAAGCCAGAUGAAGUAAUAUACACUAGCAUGCUCGAUGCGUAUGGAAAAUUUGGAGAUCUUAAAAAGGCUUCUAGAUGCUGGGAUAUAAUGGUCAGUGAAGGAUGCAUCCCAAAUAUCGUGUCGUAUACUGUGAUGAUAAAUAACUUGUGCAAAGCUGGAUUAGUUGAUAAAGCAGAGAGUUUCUACAAAGAAAUGUUAGCUCAGGGAUUGAUACCUAACCAAUUCACAUAUAGUUGUUUCCUCGAUCAUCUUGCAGGUGAAGGGUACAUGGUAGAAGCUAAACAGCUUCAUGAUGCAAUGCUUAAAGCGUAUCUUGCAAACACUGUGACAUACAAUAUUAUCAUACGGGGUUUAUGCAGAUUGGACCAAAUUCAGGAAGCAAUCGAUCUUUUGCUUGAAAUGAAAAAUAAUGGUAUUUCCCCAGAUUGCAUAAGUUACUCAACAAUCAUUUAUGAAUUUUGUAGGAGGGGUGAUCUGUCGGGAGCAACAUGCCUAUGGGAAUCUAUGUUGACUAAUGGUCUGAAGCCUGAUACGGUGGCUUAUAACCUUUUGAUUUAUGGUUGCUGCAUCGCUGGAGAAAUGUCGAAAGCUUUUGAAUUGCGUGAUGAGAUGAUAAGAAGUGGUCUGAAGGUGUCUCAUGCCACAUUUGCUUCUUUAGUCAAUGGAACCUGAAAAAUGAGCUCCCCACAUCUGCUAGAAUCAGUUACUGCAAUUCAGUAUUGACUAUCAAAACUCUGGAUACUUUGUACAGGACGUGAUCAUGUCAACCAUAAUUCUUUACACUAAAAUGCCGCAUCCAUGAAUGGUUCAAGGCCCCACCUUUUUAUCUGAGGACUAUGAACUAUGAGUUGGGCAUCUUGAGAACUUCGAGGGAGACCCAUGUACCAAAGAUGGUACAACUGUCAUAAGUCAGAAGAGGUAUAUGUCAUAGGACUCCUGCAGCAACUGUUUCUAGUAUUAAGUUUCUCACUUCGUUUUGCACUGGGCAGUCAAGCAUGUUCUUUGAUAGGUACUUCUUUUGAUCAGAUUGUCUGAUAAAAGCAUUAGAUUUGGGCAAAAUGAUGAGAACUAUUAGCUAAAGUUUUAACCUGAAAAUUGUUAGGUGGUUUACGUUUCAAGUGUAUAAUCGGAGCUUCUACAGUAGUAGUAUUUCACAUUCUGCUAUGUAAGCUCCAAGUAGCAUUGCUACCAUAGAUCGCACAUUAGUUCUACCUUUAUUGCUUGCAAUUUAGGUAGACUAUAAUGGAAUGUAUUUCAUUCCAACACAUUUUGUCCAAGACUAAAGAAUAUUAAGCUCAUUUCUUUGGUGUUGAUGUUCUUUGUUUUACCUGCAUCAUUUGUCUGCUUAGUACUUAACCAAUUAUCCUUUUGCUGUUUUAUUAGAGAGAGUGCUCCAGAGCUGUCUAUUUAUGAUGUCAGUUGCAUGCCCAGCCACCUUUUCGCAUUAGGUUCUAUUGCUUCUUUCCUACUGAAAUUGCUGUAGCGCAAGGUACUGUAUGGGAAAGCUAUAUUCUCAAGGAGACCUGCUGCCUCAAUGAUGGCAAUACACGACAUGUUGACUCGAUGGAUCCAAGUUGUGGCAGAAAGGAUUUCUAAUCAAUCAACAACUCACAAUCUCAAUUAAGUUGAGACCUAUGCAAUUCUUUGGUUUCAUUCCAUUCUAUUCAGCUCCCUUUACCAAGCAGCAGGAAGGCAUCAAGUCUGUUGUUGGCAUUCUCAGCUUUUUGUUUGCAACUACACUGGAGUCUAUGCUGGAUUGAAUAGAAGGCAACUCUGUAUCAAGUAUUUUGAUAUCAUACACCUAACAAGUAAUAACCCUAAAAAAAUGGUUAUUGGUCAUCAUGUAAUUAUCGAACCCAUAUGACAUGUAUUCUAGGUGGUAUAUUAGGUGAAUCAUUCUCUUGCAUUGCCUUUAAGUCAGUUUGCUUCAAGUUAAUAAAUCAUGUUCAGUUCCCAAAAUA